UCUCAAAAGGGCAAGAUAGGAAUAACAUUGAUUUCCCACUGGAUGGUCCCCUUCUCUGCAUCUAAGGUGAAUGAUGAUGCAGCUCAAAGAGCUAUUGACUUCAUGUUGGGAUGAUUUUAGUAGAUGCAAUGGGGCUUAGAAAGACUGUAAUGACUAUUGCAUUAAUACUUGGAAAACCAGUUAGGGAGAGUCCAGAUGACCAACAAGUUGAAGAACAAAAUCAGGAUUUUGACAACAAGAAAACAAAGAAUGGUCAAAAAGAUCCUCAAACCAAAAGCCUGCCCAUAGUUAAAGGAGGAACUCUUGUUGUCUGUCCAAUGGCAUUGUUAGGCCAGUGGAAGAAUAAUCUGGAAGACCUCUACAACCUUUUGUGCUUCUUACACGUCGAGCCAUGGUGCAAUUGGGCCUGGUGGCAAAAAUUGAUUCAAAAGCCUUAUGAGAGCGGCGAUGAGAGAGGAUUGAGAUUGGUUAAGGUCAUCCUAAGGAAUGGUGGGACCUUGUGUUUUCUUUAGGAGUGGAGGACAUCAUGU